ACGUAAUAAAACCGGCUUAUUUUAAAAAUUCCAUUCAAAUUAAAAUUGCUAGAGUUUUCAAGGACACCGUUACUCUCGACUCUAUGAUCUCAAAUUCACGAAAAAGUUCUAGAAAACCGUAUCAAAGUUAACUAAAGUAGUUAUUAAGACCUCCAUUUGUUUCAAUGAAAACUGAUCAACACGUUGUAAUUAAGGAAAUACUCUGCCAAGACUAUGCUGGAUUUAGUAUGGACGCCGUUAGCGCACAGAGCGGUCGCGUACACAGUUGGUUUAUCCAACUUGGAGUUUUGGUUGGGAGCCAUUUUAAUAUUAUUCGCCUGCGAAAUGGAUUUGAUAUACUUCCACAUUCUAAACUCUUUGGACGUGCACAUGCUUUAAAAAAGUGAAUUUAAAUAUUCAAAUUUCGAACUGGGAAGGAAUGUUUUGAAAAUAGAACGCCGGUGACUGCCAACAAGUAAACAAAAUAGUGCGGCCGAAGGUCGGCAGUGGAUUCGUUUCGGCUAUCGAUUUUAAUCGAUAUGUGACAAACGAUUUUUAAUCGAGUGAUUGUGACGUAGCACGUUGUUUUUGUUGUGAAGUGACAGUUGUGAUGCGAGUGUAGUGGUACAGUGACUUGUUUCGAAAAUUGUGACAGACCUCUUCGGCCAAAUGCGGGAGCCGUCACCAGGGGCAGCCAGCCCCAAAGGCUCCACCAGCUCGCUGCAUGCUGGGGCGGUGACGAAGAAUCUCGGCUUCCAGCAGCAGCAUGCUCAGGAGCUACCAUGGAACAGCCCUACGAUAUCGCUGCCUGGAGCUUGCAACAGUAAUCUAACGAGCGAGACUCAGCCACCGCUAGUGAGGAGUGUCAGCAACGCUUCAGCCCUUACAUCCCUCUGUGCUGACCUUUCACCAUCUGACUCCCACUUCUUUGAGGUUCUCUACAUCGGCAAGGUGAGGAUAUCCCAGCGGAAGGUACCAGAGUCCCUGAUAGAUGAUGCGCUGCACAAAUUCGCUCAGCAUGAGGCUGAGAAGAUCAAGAACCAAAGACGACACAGCUUACUCUCUUCCACUGGGACCUCAAUAUACAGCAACGACUCCACAGAAAACAUUUCAGAGCCAAAAAAUGAGACAACCACCAAAAAAAUCAACAUAACACCGAGCACGACCCCUCUAGAGCCAGACAAAUCUUGGAAAAGUGUUGAAAUAAUCCCCAAAACGAAAACAGAAGAAAUAGACAAAGAAUUCGACAUGUUCACCAAAGAACGCGUCGAAAUCAAGAAGAAUCACCAAGAAACUAUCGUCAUCAACAUUCCUAAGAAUAAUUUAGGCACUGUAAAUGAAGAUGAAGAGAAAAACGAUAUAAAUUCAGUCAUAUCCGAAACUGCGUCUUCAAUAACACAAUUUUGUCAGACUGUAAUCAAAAAUGUCGAAGAAGCCGACAGAAAUGAGAAGGAAAAUAAUUCUUUUGCGAAAGAAGCUAAAGAAUCUAGUCAAACAAAAUCUGUAGAUGAUAAAACGACUGAUAAUAAUCAAUCGCCGACGUUAAAUUUUAAAGAAAUAUCGAGGAAACCAAAGACUGUUAAUGAUUUUAAAGAAUCUAGUGAUUUUAAAAGAGGUGGUUUGCCGGAGAAUAAGCCAUUUUUGAGGGAUCGUGCAGCGUCAAUUGGAACGCUGAAUUUGAAGACGCCCAUUGCUCAUUUGAUUGGGGAACAAAAUAGAACGAUGCUCUUCCAGGUUGGCCGUUCAGAACUACGGCUGAUCAGUCCAGACAGGAAGCAAAUCUUGCUCCACCGGGAGUUCAAGGACGUAGCCAGCUGUGUAUUAGGCAGGAUUCACAAGGAACACUUCGGCUUCGUUUGUAGGGAGACCAACGAGUCGUACGCUUGCUACGUGUUCAAGUGUGAGAGCGAUUCUGUUGCUUGUGAGGUUAUUAAUGCAAUAAAGCAAGCAUUUGUAGCUCACGCUGAGCUUUUGAAGAAAUCCCGGGAGAAGUCGCCGAACAUGACUUGCGAACAUUGUCCCAUGCUGUGGUACCAUCGACUGUGCCAUGAUAUUGAAGGUAUGAACGAAAAGAAAAUCCACGCUUUCAUAUUGAGACGCGUGGAACAACUACCUGAAGAUGAACAGGAGUUGAUAAUCACCAAGUAUCAAGGGGGAACCAAUCACAUGUACGAGGUAACCGAACACAACGCAUUCCUGAUGAUGCUACUCCGGGCUCACUGCGAGGCGAAACAGCUGAGACAUGUUCACGACACUGCUGAAAACAGAUCUGAGUUCCUGAACCAGUACCUAGGUGGUAGCACCAUCUUUAUGAAGGCCAAGCGAUCCCUAUCCAGUGGGUUCGACCACCUCCUCAAAAGGAAGGCCAGUAGGGACGACGGCACCCUAUUGCAGAUGAAAAAGGAGCCAUCCCCUCUGCCUACCAGUGUGGAUAGCCCCACCGAGACACCGAACCUGGAUCUUCUGUCACCAGAUGCGAGAAGCAAGUCUCUAUCACCGGGUUCUGCACUACAAGAUUCAGAUCCGACGCCAUCUCCCAGAACCCCGUCAGCCGUGCCAGAAGAAGAAUCGGAAGAAGCCAGAGAAGAACCAGGGACUCCUGUCAACUCACCCAUGAUGGACAUAUUCCUGAAAGUGAGUGACUCGCGCCCAAACGCCACCGGGAGUGGCACAGAAACUGAAGCCACGUGGAGGCAGACCAUCUACGAGAAAGUUGUGCAGCCCCCUGAUGUACAGGAAGGAGACCUCAGCCAAGCCAUGAACUUACUGGGACAGCCGUCAGCACCCAAAGGCAAGAGGACAAAAGAACAGCUCAAGCAGUUAUGGAAGAUGGCCAUCGACCAGACCAUACUCCUCGUGAGAAUGGAGAAGGAAAAUGCUAAGCUGAAAGAGAGCGAAGAAUCGUCAGCAGUGCGUCGUAUAAAGCUGGAAUACACUGAGCUAGGGGUGUGCGACGCGGGGGUCACGCUAAUGUGGGAUCAGCUGCUGUCCCGGGACGUGUCCCGACCCAUGGCCCGGAUCGACCGGCAUAUGCUGACCCAGGCUGUUAUACAGGGUGUCCCUCGCAUGUCCCGCGGAGCCGUCUGGUACUUCCUGGCAGAGCAGGCCGCCUUCCGGUCUCCCCCACCAGAUGUGAAAGCCUUUCCGCUGUAUCACGCAGCCUACCGCGCGUUACUGGCAGGCUUGACGAAGCACCAGCACGCUAUACUGAUUGACUUGGGUCGCACGUUCCCGAAGCAUUCCUACUUCGCGUCAGCUCUAGGGCCGGGUCAGCUGGCUCUGUACAACAUCCUGAAGGCGUACUCAUUGCUGGACCCUGAUGUAGGCUAUUGUCAGGGUCUGAGCUUCGUCGCUGGAGUGCUGUUAUUGCAUAUGGAAGAAGCAGAAGCAUUUGUGCUACUCCGUCACCUGAUGUUCAGGCGAGGUCUUCGGAAGCAGUACCUCCCCGACAUGAGUGCUUUGCAAGUCCAGCUGUAUCAGCUCUCUCGCCUUCUAAGAGACCACGAGCCAGAGUUACACGCAAAGCUGGAGUCUCUGGACAUAUCUCCAGCGUUAUAUGCUGCACCGUGGAUGCUUACGCUGUUCACCAGUCAGUUCCCUCUUGGAUUCGUCGUGAGGGUGUUUGACCUGAUCUUCCUCGAGUCUUUAGACGUGGUGUUCUCCGUCUCGCUCGCUCUCCUCUCGGCGCAUAGAGACGGCCUGAUGCUGUGCGAAAGCUGCGAGGAAGCGGCCGAGUAUCUGAAGCACAAGCUGCCUGAUAUGAACCGGGUGUUCUAUGAGAAGGUUAUGAAGAAGGUCCUCUCCUACGACAUCAGCCGCCAGCUCAGCGACUAUGCAGUAGAAUACGCGGUGCUUCGCGAAGAGAUGCCGCGACUGGCCACCUUGACUGAAGACAAUAGAAUGCUGACAGCAGACAAGAAUAGGAUGACCGAGGAGUUGGAUUCGGCAAUGGACGCCAUCACAAAUUACCAGAAGUCCCAAGCGCGUCUGGAAUCCCAAAACAAGCAAUUAGAACAGCAGCUAACGCUACUAAGUCGGUACAUAUCAGCCCAUCAACGCCAGGACAUGCCAGCAGAGAUCAAGAGGAUCGUCCAGAAUCACUCCAAACGCCUCUCUUUCAGCUCCAAAAUAAGCUCAUUUUCUUCCAAGUUUACCUCCAAUGACGAAGAGGAAGAAUCCAAGAAGGUUUUCAAGACUGGAGUAUCAGCUCCGAAUUUGUUCUCCAAGAUAUCUAAAGAAGAUGUCAUGAACGCUGUUAAUAGAGACAGAACCCCGGAGAAUGAUAGAAAGUCCUUCAUAAUGAGGAAGUCCCAGUCAGUCCAUUCGGGUUUGAUAGCGAAUAACCUAAAGAACUAUCCUUUAAAAGUCUUAGAAGAGAAGACUGAAGAUAACAGAAGAUCUGACAGCUUCAGAGAUAGAGCAGAUCUGAAGGACUCCUUAAAAGAACUAGGGAAGAAGAAUACUGGUUUCUUUGCAAGCACACACGAGCAAAUCCGUCAAGAGAGGUUAUUCGAGCAGCAGUUAAAGCACGAUUUUGACGAGAAUUUGAAGAAAUUAGACGAGAAAAUCGAGAACAAAUCGUACAUCGAUGAUUUGAACCUGUUCCAGGGUAGAAAAAGCAUGUCUCUGAAUCUGAAACCUAGGGAACAUAAAGAUGAUAGUGGUUUUGUAACGCCUUUAAGUCCUGAUGAUAAAAGGGAAGAUACACACUCAGUGGUAUCUCAUCCCCUUAGCGAUUGUGAUGUGGACAUCAAAUUCGAUGGACAGUCGACAAAAUUGAAACAAAUCAGGCCUUUUAAACAUCUGGUUACUGCUACUAAAGAUACGUAGUAGUUAUACAAGGUUUUAAUGUUGCUAUUAUAGAACAACUGUUCUUAGCAUUUGAGUUAAAGUAAUUAAAUUGUGGUCCAUUUAAAAGAGUGAAAACGAAAUGGGUUCUUUCGAAAGAACAUGAUGAAAUUUUUUUUACAGUUGGAGAAACUACUGUAAAAUACCAUUAAUCCAAUAAAACGGUCAUUCUCCGGAUCUGGAUUAUUUUGUUGAUUACCCCGACCUUUUUUAUUUUUGAUUUUAGAGUAAGUUUAGGUAAAACAUUUCAAAAUAGACAUUAUUACGAGCAUAUUUUUUAUAUUGGCCCAUCUGUAGCAAGCAGGAAUAAAAAGUUAUGCGACAUCAAAAUUUUCAUGGUCGGGGUAAUCAAAGUUGGGAGUCAGAGUAAUCAAAAAUAAAACAAAAUAUUUUAUUUUCUUAGGUUUUUUUUAAGUUAUGGUAAAAUAAAUGCUAUUAUAACUAGCCAUUUGUUAUUUUGAUGUAUAAACGACAAUAUUGUAAAGUUUCAACAAAAUCUGUUAAGCAGUUGUUGCGUAAAAGAGUAAAAAACAUACAUAUACAUUUACAUAUAAUAUUAGUGACUCAAUGUCCUAUGUCUCCUAUAUGGGACAGAAGGCGUCCGCAACAGUCCUCCAUCGCAUUCGGUCUUGAGUUUCGUGUUUGAUCUCGCUCCAAAUCUUAACAGUGCGCCGCUAUGUUUUUUUGGCGCGACCACGUUUGCAUUUUCCCUGGGGGUUCCAAUCUAGAGCCUGCUUGGGGAUGUGAUCGGGAUCCCUUCGGAGAGUGUGGCCUAUCCAGUUCCACUUGCAGCGUUUAUUCUGCUGAAAGAUCGGUAUUUCGUGGCAGCGUUCCAAAAAUUCGUUGUUUGAAGAUUUUGGAGAAUUCGGCGAAGACAGCGGCUGAAGAAGAUCUGCAGCUGGUGCGAGAUAACCUUUGUGACCUUCCACGUUUCACGCCCAUAGAGCAGAACUGGUUUGACGUUGGACCCGAAUAUUUUGAUCUUGCUUGGGUCAAUUUCCGUGACUGCCAUACGGCUCGAAGUUGUGCGAAGGUAGCUCUGGCCUUGGCAAUGCGCGAAGUGAUGUCCUCUUCGGUACCUCCAAGCUCUGAAACGAUGCUCCCGAGGUAAGUGAAAUUGUGGACUCGUUGGACAUCCUCUGCACCAACGGUGUGCAAUUCCUCACUCCAGAUCGCAUCUCUUGGGUCUUCCGGUACUGAUACCCUUGCUUUACCCUUUUUUCGGCACAAUAAUUAGAAGCCCCUUAUGCCAGUCGUCUGGGAGUUCCUCUUCCAUCCAGAUGUUUUCGAAGACAGGUGUCAGGACGUUAACGGCGGAGUUUACAUCGGCUUACAGCAUUUCAGCGGUGAUAAGGUCGAGUCCAGGGGUCUUGCCAAUUUUGAGGGAUAAUAUUAUGUAUUAAUAGGAGAUAGGAUUUCAUUUUAGUAAAGGGUAAUUUUG